AUGGCGACCCACAAAGCUAAUGCUCCGCCUCCAAAUCCCAACAGCCUCGCCAUCCAAAUCCGCAAAAUCAUUGACGAAGAGCACAUAGCAAUUACCAAUGACGUCUUAGUCAUUGCAAACGCUGAUCGAGUUGGGUUGGGGCCCGCGUUUCAACUAGGGUUUCCCUCCCAACUUGCCCCGAUAUACCCAUUGGCUGAGGAAGUCCUUCCUUUUGAAUCUCCGUCCCUUGACUGGAAUCGUUUCAGCUCUGAUAUUCCCAAUCACCUUUGGCACAGACCUAACGCCAAAUACAUAGAGUGGCUUGAUCGAAUGCUUGAGGCCAAGGGUGAUUUGUGGAAGCAAAUAGGGAUCCGAGACGCCAUUCUGCUCAGUCGAUCACUUAUUGAUAUGGACAAAAAUCUCUUCCUGACUGCUUCUCAAUUCUGGUUAGUUACCACAAACUCAUUCCAUUUUAAGGUAGGCCUCAUGAGCCCCACCCUUCAGAACUUGGCUUUCCUGACAGGCCUCCGUCCCCAUGGGAUAGAGGCCAAUUACUUCCUGUCACAAAAAACUCCUUACUUUGAGUAUAAAGAACCCUUGUCUUUUGCCCCUUUCAUUAACCAUUAUGCCAAAAAGGGACCUGUUGAGGAUAAUGAACACGUGGCCUUCCUCCUGUAUUGGUUAAACAAAUUUAUCUUCUGUGUUUCUGCGAAUAGGGUCACCAAGGAUUUCAUAGACUUGGCCUGUGCCCUAGCUUCUGGGCAGAAGCUGGCAUUAGGCCCCUUGGUUUUAGCCCAUCUUUACCGUGGUAUGAAGGAACUGAUCAGCAACAAGUUUAUCUUUGCUCCCGGACCCCUGUGGGUCAUGACCCUAUGGUUAUGGUCUUAUUUCCCUAAGCUUGGCCCACCUAUGGUCAAAAAGUCAGAACACACCUGCUACGGCCUCCAUUACACUGAUGCUCGCGGCCCUAGAUAUGCUUUCGGGACCUACUUCAAAUUCUUCUACCAUGAACUCACUGGGAUGGGGAAGAACUGGCUGCCCUUUGUCAGGGACACGGUGCCCUGGUGGCUAAAACAAGAAGCCUCAAAUCCGGGUGAUGACUUUGAUGACCAUUUCGAGAUCUGGAGCAGCUUUCUGAUUUCCAGGGACCUCAUGUAUGGCAUGGCCUAUACUCCUACCAAUUACAAGUGUGGAGUUGAAUACUAUAAUGCAGCCCAAUUUGCUAGACAGUUCGGCCUUUGUCAACUCACUCCAUUACCUCCAUACCAGUCCUUGAAUGAGGACUUCACUAAUAGGCCAGUGGUUCAACCAAAGGACUUAGAAAGGGUCAGGAACACUCUCCCUGAGCUUAGGAAGGCCUUUGCCCUUCAUCCCUAUGCUGAACGCAUUGACAAAGGAGCCAAAUUUGAUAGUUGGUGGGGAGGUUACACAAGAAUGCAUUUCGUCAAACCCUAUCUGGAUGUCUUAACCACACUUCUGCCUCAAUCUGCUUGA